GAUGGCCGAUAAGAUAUCGACAUGCAUCAUUGGAUCUGGCAAUUGGGCCACGACCAUAGCCCGAAAUGUGGGCAGGAAUGUGGCCGCAAUGGCCAACACAAUGGAGCCGAAGGUCUACAUGUAUGUGUACGAGGAAAUAGUUGACGGUCGAAAGCUUACCGAAAUCAUCAACACAACCCACAUCAAUGUGAAGUACAUGCCGGACUUUGUGUUGCCUGAAAAUAUUGUGGCUGUGGAUGAUAUUGUGACUGCUGCCAGGGACUCCGACAUCCUGAUAUUUGCCAUACCCCCGACCUUCGUCAGCAGCUGCUGCAAGACCCUGUUGGGCAAGGUAAAGCCCACGGCCCAUGCCGUCUCCCUGAUCAAAGGAUUCGAGCGGGGAGACGAUGGACAGAUCAUACUGAUCUCUCAGAUUAUCAUGCGACAGUUGAAGGUUUCCUGCUCCGUUAUGGUGGGUUGCAAUUUGGCCCACGAGUUGGCCAAUGAUAACUUUGCCGAGGGCACUGUGGGUUGUCGUGAUCAGAAGUACUACCGCGUGCUUCGGGACAUCUUCAAGUCGGAAACAUUCCGAGUGGUGGUCACCGAAGAUGCUGACUGCGUGGAGAUCUGUUCUACUCUAAGGAACAUCAUUGCCUUUGCUGCCGGCUGCUCUGAUGGCAUGGAACUGAACGAGAACACCAAGGCGGGGAUUAUUCGUAGGGGUUUCCUGGAGAUGCUGCAGUUUGUGGAUGUCUUCUAUCCGGGCUGCCGCAUGGGCACCUUCUUUGAGGCCUGCGGCAUAUCCGAUUUGGUCACCAGCUGUUACGCCAAUCGUAAUCGGAAGCUGGCCGAGGCCUUUGUGAAGACUGGGAAGCCUCUGUGCGAACUGGAACAUAUACUCAUAUCAGGCCAUGAGCCCUUGGGCCCAGUCACUGCCGAACUGGUUCAUAUUUUACUCAAGAAAAAAGGAUUGGUGGACAAAUUUCCACUGUUUACAACGGUCUAUAAAAUCUGCAUGGGAGAUCUACCGCUGACACGCCUCGUGGAGGCCUUGUGUCAUGCCAGCGAGGACAUCUUCCAUCCGCAACACACUUUCCAGCUUUGAAGGCUGGUCCCCAGUUUAAAAUAAAUCAGAACCGAACAGAACAGAAAAACAGCAA